AUGCCGGGCCCGGACCCCGCCAAGAUCUUCAAGGUCUUCGGUGGUUAUGGCGUGUUCAUGAACGAGAUGUGGCCACAAGCCCUUUCCGCGUUGUCUCAGCAGGAGCGGGAGAGGAUGAGCGAUGGAGACCUGACGUUGAGGUUGAAGUCGCAGUGGGAGAAGCUGUCAGGUGCUGAACGGCAUGCCUACCAGCUGCGGGUCCCUCCUGGUGCGGUGGUGGAACUGGCAGGUGUCCCCGCCGAGGUUCCGUACAGCCAGACGCGGCCCGACGAGGAAGCCUCCGAGGACGAGUCGGAGGCCAUCCAAAGGCUGGACGUCUCCCAGCGUGAGUUCCAUGCGCUCCAGUCGCAGGUGGGUGACAAGGACUCCUCCAUCGAAUUGUUACAGUCCCAACUGCAAGACUCCAAGGAGUUGGUCCGAAUCUACCGCUUGCGUGGUGACGAUCUGGAAACAGACCUCAAGGCUUCGCAGCAGCGCGUCACUGAAUCUCAAGAUCGCGAGUAUUUGCACAAAGUGGAAUGCGACAGGCUUAAGGAAAAGUUGGCAAAGGAGCAGGCAGUGGUUUCCGACCUUUCCGAGAAAGUUGAGUUAAUGUCAUCACAGAUACAAGAAAGCCAAGCUGCGUACCUAAGUGCGGUCCAGAGAGAGGAGGUGCUCAAGGAGCAAGUAAACAAGUUCGAGGAGAAGCUGCAGGAUGCCACGGAACGUGGCGACGUUCUGGAGAAAGGCUUGAAACACGUAGAAGGAGAACGUGAGGUCUACAAGGGACAAACUCACGUUCUGCGAGAAGACCUCCUCGAUAAGCAGACAAAGCUCCGCAGUACGAACAAGGACCUUACCAUGACCGCAGUUGACCUCGAGAGUCUCAAGGAAUCCCAUGAAGGAAUGGCAGAGGAUCUUAAGAAGUCGAAGAAGCAAUAUGCCGAAGCGGCCCUUCGUGUAGAAAGCCUUGAAAAGGAGUGUCAAGAGGCUAAAGCCCAGUUGGAGAUCAAGGAGAGGCAAGCUGCGAGGCUCGAAGUGGUUGUGGAGGAGCUGAAUGUGAAGCUUGAGGAUGCAAUCCUGGAGUACACCGAGGAAAGGAAGCAAGCGAAGGAUUAUGCAGAGAAGCUCCACAGCAAAGACUCCCAGGUCAAGAAGAUAGCAACAGAGGCGACCUUCUCCAAGGAUUCAGUUCAGCGGCUCUGCAGUGACAUCAAGCAGUUCCAGGACAGAGAAGCACAGCUCAAAGAGCAGAUAAGGAGUCUAGAAGGUGAAAUCGAGAAGUGGAAGCAGCGACUUGAAGAGUCUCAGGGGGAGGUCUCCGAGUUGAAGGAUGUCAACUGGCGAAUCGCAGAGGACCUGCAGAAGUCCAAAGUGAGCCUCAGAGAGGUGGAGGCCAUGGUCAAGAAAACGACCACCGAGCUCAAAUCUGGGAAAGGUCGCAUGGUGGAAGCGGAGGCAAGGAACAUCGAGUUAAGCGCAAAUGUGGCGAAGCUGAUGGAGGCCUUGGUGCAGGCCGAGGCACGAGAGAAGGAGGCUUUAGAGCUGCUUGCCGAAGGCAAAGGACCGGAGAAGGAACGAAAGAAGAAGAAGAAUAUGCAAAGGUCACGGACGACUGCCAGCGAGCUGAUGGCUGGCAGAUGA